AUGCAUGCAAUGCAAUUKCUGCUCAGACAGCCUCUUCGCAACGGCCUCGCCACCGUACGACCUUCUUGUCAGCGUUCCUUUGUCUCAUCCGUACCUCCGAAGAAGCUCUCUCUUUCCGCCCAGAGCCCCGCGUCACGACAGGGUUCAAUAUGCCUUCAAUGCCGAUUUAGAACGCAAACACGGAAAUUCUCAUCUCCUCCAAGGCCGGAAGAUAAAUUGUCACCAUCAAAGCCUACACCGGACCUCGAGAACCUGCACGCUACUCCCGACGCCGGUAGAGACUCAAUCUCAGCGACGGUCAAUAAUGAAGAACAACAAACCACCGGGUCGGUACGCUUGGAGCAGAAACAAGACUCGAAGACAUUAGAAGAAGAUACUCUUCCUUCGGAUGCGGAGAGGCGCCGAUCUCAAUUGUCUAAGAAGUUUACAGAUCUAAUGGACAAUAUACAGGGAAAUGUGUUUAUUGCGGGUCAAAAGUUGAACGAUCUUACAGGAUAUUCGGGAAUCGAGAAAUUGAAACGAGACAUUGAAACACAAGAGAAUGAGGUCCUGGAAGGGCGCUCUCUUGUUCGACAAGCCAAAGAAGCAUACUCAGCAGCUAUCAACCGUCGCUCCGCCUCACAACGCGAAGUCAAUGAACUCCUCCAAAGAAAACACGCCUGGUCUGCCGCAGACCUUGAACGCUUCACAUCUCUUUACCGUUCCGACCAUGCCAACGAAGUUGCCGAAACCGAAGCGCAGGAGCUUCUCACAAAAGCGGAACACGAGCUAGAAGAAGCCACGGCGAGACUCAACCGCAGCAUUCUUUCCCGCUAUCACGAAGAACAAAUCUGGUCCGAUAAGAUCCGAAGGAUGAGUACAUGGGGUACAUGGGGAUUGAUGGGAGUGAAUGUUUUGUUGUUUCUCAUCUUUCAGAUCCUUGUCGAGCCGUGGCGACGACGCAGGUUGGUGAAAGGGUUUGAAGAAAAGGUCAAAGAAGCUAUCGAGACCGAGGCGGUGGCAAGUAGGACUAUUGUUGCUGGUCUGACUCGGGCUGUUGAAGCCGGCGCGGCUACUGCUGCGGAAGCUGCUACGGCUGCAGAACCGGUCGCUGAAAUGGCAGUCUCAGAAGGUAUCCUGGAAGACGUUGUACCAAAGGUCGAACCUGGUUCAGUACCUGCCGCAACUCCCGGUGAUAUGGCCCCUGUCGACGCCGUUCUUGAGGAGGUUUCUGGAGAGAGAACGUUAGCCGAACAGCUGUCCACAUAUGCUUCAACUGAAUACUGGAGUGAGGUUAUCCAAGACGUAUUCAGCGACCGCAAUGUUGUCCUCACGCAGCGUGAGCUAACGAAAAUCGCUCUACAAAGUGCUACAGUUGGUGCAACGAUAAUUGGCCUUACGAUCGCGGUUUUCCGAGCGAAUUGA